ACCCCCCAUACCAAACUAUCCGAGUUCUUUGAGAAGCCCGUCGAGCGCCCGACGAGAGAUCGAGCGGACGAUGAGCAUGGCGGAGAAUUGCUCGGUGCUCGAUCCGUGGAUGCACCGCACGGAGUCGGCGUGGAUGAACGAGGCCUUCGCCCGCGACAACGAGGCCCUCACGCGAGCCCUCCAGAUCUCCCUCUCCGACACCUCCUCCUCAGCUUCCCACGACACCCUCUCCUCCGUCGCCACCACCACCACCUCCACUUCCCGCACCCCCGUCCUUCCCCCUCGUUACCAAGUCACUUCCCCUCUCGGAGACGUCGCUGCCCUCCGCGGGCGGAACCCGCUGGCGCCCACCCCGGCGGGGAGGAUCUCGAAGCGGAGGUCGCGCCCGUCUAAGCGAGCGCCCACCACCUACAUCAACGCUGACCCGGCCCACUUCCGGGAGAUGGUGCAGCGGGUCACCGGCGUCCGGCUGGACGGGGAUCUGGCCGAGCCGCUGGUGAAGCCAGAGCCGGUGCGGCCGGCGGUCCUGCAGCAGACCCACCUGCCCACGCUCGAAACCUCGGCGUUCUUGCUGGACCGCGACGAGGGCAGCUCGUUCGGGCCGGCUUCUGACUUCGACGGGCUGCUCCCGGCCUUUUCGUCCCUCGACUCGUGGGGCGUCAUGUAAAGGACGCUCCUUUGUCGAUGCUACUGUUGGGUUCUCAUCCUUUCAUUUCAUCAAACACUUGGUGGAAGCGAGGCCACAGUUUCCUGUUCUAACUUCCAUGAUAUCUUCCAUGCAAUUGCAUCUUGAAUGUAGCAUAUGAUGCAUAUGAUAUGACCACCAAAGAGCAUAAAGAAUUGCAAGGCAAAGAUCUCACAUUUCAUA